GUUGUUCUGACUUCUGCCGUCAGGCGUCAGCGGACAGCGGAUACAUAAUUCAUUUUAAAAACGUCAAAAUUAAGGCAUCCAUUUAAUAUCCUUGAAUUUCAAAAAUAUACCACCAUAUAUCAAGUGCAAACUCAUUAUGGAUGAAAAUAUGGAGCCCUUGUCUCAAGCCAAUAUAGAAUUCCCUCAAACGGAAUCCGCAAUGGAAACUGAACAACCCAGUGACAAACCUACGCCUCAGCCAUCUGAAAUAUCUGGUCCAAUAAGUGGGAGGCAUGAGGAAUUUUCUGUAGAGAAAGUACUGGAUAGAAGAAUCAAAAAUGGCAAGGUUGAAUAUUUGCUGAAAUGGAAGGGCUACUCAGAUGAGGAUAACACAUGGGAGCCUGAAGAUAACCUAGACUGUCCAGAGCUAAUAUCAGCUUAUGAAGAAGCAAGGUUGAAGAGGGAGCGUGAGGCAGCACCACCUGCUGAGGCUAUAGAUGAAGGACAAACAACAAGGAAGAGGUCAAAGAGAGGCGACAAAAAGAAAAAUAGAGUUGAGGAAGUUGAAAAACCAAGAGGGUUAGCCAGAGGCCUCCUUCCACAGAAGAUUUUGGCUGGUCAACUGUUCCAUGGCACUUUAUAUUUUUUAGUCCAAUGGCAAGACUGCACAGAAAUGGAUGUGGUACCUGGCCAUGAAUUAGGCCAAGCCUAUCCAGACUUUGUGAUCAAAUAUUAUGAGAGUUGUGCUCCAUUCAGUGUUAGACAUCCAAGGGGAUUGGUGCCACGACCUAUUCCAGAGAUCACUAAUGAAACGCCAGAGGAGAGUACAGAUACGCAAAUGGAAGUUAGUGAAAGCACAGAAGAUAACACUGUACAUGAACCACAAACAAAUGAAGUAUCAGACCUUUCACAACCCCCUACUGAGACUGAAAGCCAACCUGUGGAGGUUCCUGUUAAUUAAAAAUUAAUAGUUUAAUAUAAUAAAAGUAAUAAUAAUAUUAUAUGUAAGUAAUAGUGAGAAUCAAGUGAAAUUUGUAUAGAAUAAUGUGUAGUUGUAUGAAAAUUAUUAUAAUGAAAAAAUUCAACAAUUUACACAUAGAAUAGAUUCACAUAAGGUACAUAAUAUUUAUAUGUUUUAUGCCAUACUAUAAACUAUCACCCUUAAUAGAGGUAUGAGUUAAAAAUUAUUGAAUGUGUAUCCAAGGAUGAUUUGGAAAAUGUCCUCUUUGUUAUGUAUGUGACAUUCAUAUUAGAUUUGAUCAUGUUAUAAUAACGUACUUAUGUAAACAUUUUAAUUCUCUCAUACAAAAAAAGGUUGCAGACGUUACUUGAAGGUAUCGACACUCUAAAUUCUAAAGUGGCACUAAAUGACAACAAUUUCCCAUCAAACACAAAAAGAAUCAAGUUCAUCGAUUCAUGCAUAUUAAUACAAUAAUUAAGAAACAUCGUUUUUUAAUGUCGGAAUGUCGGUUGAAAAUUAAUAUACCACCAUUUCAUCCCUAACACUGGAUACAUUACGUAAACCGAUAUAACUAUAAUAUAACAAUAAAAAACAAUAGCUUACUAAUAGUGGAAAAUCAAUCAGUUCCUUUCUUUUUUAUUAUUUUUGAAUAUUAAUAUUUUCAAUGAUGAAAAAUCAUAAAGAUUACCUUAUAAAAUUGUCAAUCAAAUAUAUUUAAACAUGAUAAUGACUAUAAAAUUGAAUUAUAAUUUAUAAUGUUUAUCUAUAUACUGUGUAUUUUAUAUUUACAUACAAAUUUAUUUAUGUUAUAGGUUAAUAGUGGCACUUGUUCUCAAUGCAAAUUCUAGGAUCUAACUGGAUUAAUAUUAUUUAGAUUUUUGAGUUAUUGCCUAAAAAAAAUAUAGUAUGAUUUUUUAAACGCUCUAAUUAGCGUCACCUGUAUGUUUGUAUGUAACCAAAAUCUUAUACUACUCAACUUUCAUCAACUUUUAAUAGAUAGAUUUUAUUCUUUGUAUUUUUAAAGGAUUGGUGACCAUACAGUAAUUUCAUGAGUUUAGAAAUUAAAGAUCUUUAAAAGGAUUUUAAACGCGAUUAAUUCAUCAUAUUAACAGCGUCUCUCCAUGACCACGCCCGUUGUAAAUUCGAAACGUCGGGUUAAAUUAUAUCUUUACAUAUUAAUUAAUCGCGUUGAAAAUCCGAUCAGAUGUGUUUAAAUUCCAAAUUUCAUGCGAUUUUCUUAUUUCCCUGAUUAUGAUCGCCAGGUUAAAAAAAAUUCUUACAUUAAUGGAUCUGUAUUGCACACCAAGUGAGAUAUUUAUGAUUGUACAGCGUGUUUUGAAGUUUUUAAAACUGUAUAUUAUUUUGCUAUAUAUCUUCUAUCGAAAUAUAGAAGGACAUUCCGUGUGACUAAAAGUAAUCAACUGUUCAAAUAAACUUAAUUUUCUAUGA